AUGAAGCUGACAGGACAGGUGAGCGUCCAACCGCCCGCCUCGUAAGCCCCGCCUCCUCACGCUUCGUUGACCCGAGUCUUGAACUUCUGGCCUGUGAAGGGAGAAAAGGGAGGAGGAGGCCGACUGAACCUCCUCGGCUGAAUAUUUCCAGUCUGUAUUCUCAGAGCUUAUAGGUGGAGGGGCUGCAGGGGGCGUGGCCACCCGGUCUCCUCGACCAAUAAGCUGUAAGAAUGAGCUGAUGUGACAGGAGGAGCUCCGAGGUUUUUCUUGAGACCUCCUCAGAUUGAACAACCUGAUCAGAUCCUGAUUGGAGGAUUAUUGUUUAAUUAAAGUUCAUAUAUGCGACGUUAAAGAAAGAGAGACAGGAACAGCUGACAGUUCAAAGGUCAAAAAAUGACCUUUAAUGGAGUCGAACACCUGCAGACGACACAAACACUGAAAUAAAUCCUUUUUCACUCGUUUUAAAGUUUCAUUUUUUUCUCUAAUUUUCAUCAUUUCAGUCUGAGGAAAAUAAAAAAGUAAAAACGAACUCCUCAGUCUGUGGAUGUUUGAGGCGGAGCCGCUCUGACUGGACGUAUUCAGCCCGCCGUUAUUUCUCUGGAUGUCGGUGAUGACGAGUCUUUGAUGGAAAAUGAACAGUUUUGUAUUUUGAUGUAAAAAAAAAAAGAGAAAUCUCAUGUUCAGCUCCGUGACGUUCAGCAGCUCCCAUUAUUUUAAAUAUGAUGAUGUUUUUCUUUUCUCUCUGUGCAGGAGGUCGUUUCACGGCCUCGACUGUAACUAUUUUAUUUGCAAUAAAGUUUUUGGUGUUUUGAUCACCGUGUAGAGAAGCUUCACUCGGACUCAGGCUGCUUCUUUAACACGUUUCCAUUUCUUCACCUUUUUAAAGAAGACUGAUGAAGCUGCGGGUUUAUUCGUCUACAUCGAGGAGCCCACAAAGACGUCACAGAACAUAGAAGAGUCUAAAGCAGAUCCAGGUCAGUUUCAGGUCGCUGAGGCGUCGCUCUGUCGUCUCAUUUCAAUAAAGGCGGAGUCAGGGAUCGUCUCUUUAGUUCAUGCAAACAGGAAGCAGUCAAACGUGUCGGAGAAGGACCUCAGAGUCUGGACUGUAGGAAAAUGAGUUUUUAAUUUGGAUCAGAUCACGAUCCGUCUACACCGGAGGAGCUGCUCAAUUCUGUUUUCUUAGUUUGUGGUUUCCUGUUUUAUUUUGAAAAUCAGGUUCUCAGUUAUUCUGCUAAAUGUUUUUAUUUUGGAUUCAGUGUUAAAAAGGCGAUUUAAAGAAGAGCAGGAGCGUGUAAACUCAAACAUCUGAUGGAAACAUGUGACUGACCUCUUCUUCUUCUUCUUCUUCUUCUUCGUGUCGUUUAAAGGGAUAUUCUGCUGUAAAAUUAAUUUAAGGUCAAACCCACCGUAACACCGAGUUAGACCCCUCCUCCAGAGAUGAAUGUUGUCGACCGCUUCCUUCUCUAGUUAUACCAACUUUAGUAACGACCACAGGAUAGAAAUACAGAGAGCCACGCCCCCAACCAAAACGCCACUCUAUAGCCACAAAUAAUGCUCAGAACAGCAGCUAACUUCAUCAACAGGACAUAUAGGGUCACAGACAUAGUACUAGACACCAAACAUCUUUUUAACUUUGACUCAUUUCUUUAACAAAGAGACUAAACACAACUCACCUACUCUCUUCCAGCAGACGCUUGUUUGUAGAGAGACCUCAGGCCAGUCCAUUACAGACUACAGCGGGGUGCCGCAGCUCAAGGAAGAACAUUUAUGAUCAUUUCUUCAUCAUUUCCUUGAAGUAAUAAUCAUAAAUGUUCUUCCUUGAGCUGCGGCACCCCGCUGUAGUCCGUGACCCUAUAUGUCCUGUUGAUGAAGUUAGGUGCUGUUCUGAGCAUUAUUUGUGGCUAUAGAGUGGCGUUUUGGUUGGGGGCGUGUCUCUCUGUAUUUCUAUCCUGCGGUCGUUACUAAAGUUGGUAUAACUAGAGAAGGAAGCGGUCGACAACAUUCAUCUCUGGAGGGGGGUCUAACUCGAACACCUAUCAGACAGUCUGUGGUGUGUGUGUGUGUGUGUGUGUGUGUGUGUGUGUGUGUGUGUGCGCACACUUUUUGGGACUCCUGAGACUCGACAGCAGAGUUCAUCUCAGAUUUGGAUGACUCCAGAACCAGGUUCUGAUGGUCUCAGUCCCCGUUCCUCUUAGUUUCCUGUAACUGCUUCUCAGUGACUCUGGAGAGGCUCCGUCUGUCAGUCAGCAGACCUCUCAAAGACCUGGUUUCAGAGUGGAUGAUGUGGGACAUGCUGCAGAAACAUCGAUCAGAGUUUGGUAGAAGAGUCGUCGUCUUUAACCUCUCAGAGUGUUUCUCUCUCUGUGACACACUGAGAGGUCAGACUCAGGGCAGAGGAGUGUCAGCGAAUCACAUUUGAAUCUAAAUCCUCCGUAACAUCAGGAUGAGGUCUGGGUGCAGCUGGACCUUCACUUCAGUCUGUGCAGCUGCAGACACCGUCAGCUCCGUCCUCACAGCAAACCAGCCGAGGAGAGGAUGGAGAAAGUUCUUCAGAGCAUCGUUCUCCUAUCAGGCGAGUAUCUUUGGACAGUUCUGUUUUCAGAAGAACCUCAGGGGUUCAUUUUGGCUCAAAUCUGAUCAGGAUCACUUUGUCCGUCUCUGCAGGACUGUGCGCCGUUUCUGCAGACGUCAAACGUCUGUACCAUUUCGUUUAUGAACCAAAGACCCUUCCUGAAGCUCGGAGCUACUGCAGAGAGAAGUACACAGACCUGGCGACUGUAGAGAGCGAGGAGGACGUGAAGCUCCUCAACAGCCUGGUGAAUUCCAGCAAACUGAGCGACUCGGCACAUGUGGGUCCGGUUCAGAGCAGAUUUCAGGCUCUGAACCUCGUCUGUACUUUUACUUUAGGGUCCAAAAACUAAGAACCAGAACUUUCUCCAAUGACACUCAUUUCAUGUGGUGAUUUCAGCAGGCCUGGAUAGGACUGACCUUCAGCACCAACAGCUGGAGGUGGUCUCUGUCAGAUCCAGGUUUCUACCAACCCGGGGAGGCAGACUUCAGACGGUGGAACCCCGGAGAACCCAACUACAUCCACUCAGAUCAGUGUGCAGUGAUGUACAGUAUCGGUACAUGGAACAAUAUCCCCUGUAGUCGAGUCCUCUGGCCGAUGUGCAGCGAUGUCUCAGGUGAGCAGAGUUCUGGUUCCUCCUCUGAAACAUGAACUCCAGUCCUGAGUGUCUGUGAGCUCCGAGUCCAUGAAUCAGCUGUUUGUGUCUGUCGCACUAUCGUCAAUAUUAAUAAUAAAACUGUAUUUUCUCUGUAUGUUUUAUUUAUUUAUUCUUUAUUUCAUUCCUUUAAAAAUAAAGAGAAACAGUUUAAUUUUAAUACAAACGUUUUCCUAUCAUGGAGAAAAGGAGCAGAAAGAAUCUGAUUUGAUCUCCUUUAUCCCCAGAAACCAACUUACAAAGAACAAACUUAUAAUAAAAUAAAAAAGGAACGACAGCACAAACACAACUCAAACAUGUAUAUAUAUAUAUAUAUAUAUAUAUAUACAUAAAUAUAUAUAAUGAAAUAGAACUAUAUCUGCUGGCCUCCACAGACAGUCAUUUAUCAUUUAGUUCCAGUUAAAGUCACUCAAACAACAACAGGACAGUCAGAAAUAAUUUUAAAUGUUUGACUUUGAUUCUCUGACGUCUUUGUUCUGAUUGGUCCAUAAACUGAUUCCUGUUACAGAAAUACAACAUUAACUUAACAAACACCUGCUGGUGAAGAACCACCUGAAGUCUGUCAGUCCUGUGUCCUGCUCAGAACCGUCGUUUCAUCACUUUGCUCUUUUUCAGGGUCCACAGCUACAUUUGUCAUCAUCUCCUCCUCCAUGUCAUGGACCGAAGGCCAGAGCUACUGCAGAGAGCACCACACAGACCUGGCCAGCGUGAGGAACAUGGAGGAGAACCAGAAGAUCCGAGAGCUGAUACCUCCUGAGGGUUAUGUCAGUAUCGGUCUGACCACAGACCUGUGGGGGUGGUCCGAUGGGAGUCAGACCUCGUUCAGGUACUGGAGCCCUGUGUCAGGGAGUGGAGAGCCCUGUGUGGCAGCAGACUUCAGCCACUCUGGACGAUGGGAACGUUUUCACUGUGAGUCCAAGAAAGCAUCCGUCUGCUACCAAGGUGAGCGAUCAGUCAGCUGAGAUUUACACGAGUGUUCAGAAAAUCUGUCUGUUCGAGAAAUUAGAGUUAAAAAGAAAAACUGAAAAACUGUCCAGAGAACCGAGACUGAAGACAGACGAUCAGCUGCUGCAGGCGGAUCGACUCCGACACUUUAUAUAGUUCAUCUUAGAAAAGGACAACUGCAACACUUACACUGAGACAUCUGAAAAUAAUGAUAACAACAACAACGACAAUGAUAAUGAUGAUAAUAAUAAUAAUAAUGAUGAUGAUUAUCAUUAUUAUUAUUAUCAUUAUUAUGUUGGUAAAUAAUAUAAAAAAUAGAAUAGAAAAUAAUAACAAUAAUAAUAAUAAUUAUAACAUCAACAACAACAGAAAUAAAUAAAUUAAUAAAAUAAAAAGAUACAAUAACAUAACAUACAAUUAAAUGAAUUAAAAUAAGAUAGAAAUGUGUGCGUUGUUGUGCUUAUUAUUCCUCUUAUUAUUAUUAUUAUUAUUAUUAUCAUAAAAGCAACAAUAAUAAUAACAAUAAUGAUAAAAUACAGCAAUAAUAAUCAUAAUAAUAAUUAUAAUCAUAAUCAUAAUAAACUCAGUCACAAUAAAUUAUAAAAAAAUCUAAUAAGAAAAUAAUAAUAAAUAUUAAUAUUACAAUUUUAUUUCAAUUGUUGUUAUUAUUAUUAUGAUUAUUCUUAUGGUUAUAUUAUUAUUGUUAUUAUUAUUACUAUUAUUAUAAAUAAUGAAAAAAAUAAUAUUAAUAAUAAUAAAUAACAACAAACAUAAAUAAAUAAAUAGAUAGAUACAUAAAAUAAAAAAUAAAAUAAAAUGAAAUAAGUUAUAGAAACAUGUCUGUUGUUUUCUAAUGAUGCCCUAUCUCCACAGUUUCAACAGGAACCAUGACAGUGGUCAAAGUGAAGUUGGUGAGACGAAGCUCCUCAGUGGAUCCAAACGACCCUGCAGCGAUGGAGGACAUCCUGAAGCAGGUGAACCUCUCAAACCUGGAAGAAUAUGAGCUGUUUUUAUUUUUAACCAUUUUUUCAUCUUUAUAACCAAAAACAAACUCUGACCGUGAGCUUCUCAGGUUAUAUUAUUAAAGUCAAAGAAGACGAGGUUUUAAGACAGAAGGGAUUUACACUCAAGAGAGACGAUGUUUCUGUGUCUCAGCUUCAACAGAGUCUGAAGGAUCAGGGGGUACAAGGAGGUCUCAGACUGACCUGGAGGAAGCAGUCAGAUGGACUCGUCUUCCACAGGGCCGAAGGGGGGCCCACAGAGGGAUGA